AUGUCACUUCAACGUGGGCUCCAGGACCGUGGGGAGGAGGAAGGUCCUCCAGACUCUGGAGGCCUUGACGGUAAUGGAGAAGGACCCUCAACGGGUAUGAGAGUGGUGCGUGUCUCCAGUGACGCGCUGUGUGGCUGCAUCAGCGCACGGUUGCAACGCGACAGUUCGCAGAGACAUUUUUUUCCCCCUUUAUUAUCGCACAGUGGGUCUAACGUACGUUCCAGAAUGGAGACUAAACCGGUCAUCACCUGCCUUAAAACCCUCCUCAUCGUAUACUCCUUCGUGUUUUGGAUAACAGGAGCCAUCCUGCUGGCAGUGGGAAUAUGGGGGAAGGUGAUGCUGGGCCCGUACAUCUCUCUGAUAGCCGACAACUCCACCAACUCCCCGUACGUCCUCAUCGGCACCGGGACCGUCAUCAUCGUUUUUGGCCUGUUUGGAUGCUUUGCCACCUGCAGAGGAAGCCCAUGGAUGCUGAAGCUGUAUGCCAUGUUUCUGUCGCUCGUCUUCCUCGCUGAGUUAGUGGCUGGGAUCUCUGGAUUUGUGUUUCGCCAUGAGAUAAAGGGAACCUUUCACAGGACAUACACUGACGCAGUUCUGAAUUACAACGCUGAGGAUGAGGCGAGCCGUGCUGUUGAUUACUUGCAGCACACGCUGCGUUGCUGUGGAGUGUAUAACUACACUAGUUGGUUUGGCAGUGUGUAUUACCCAUCCAACGGCAUUCCUGCCAGCUGCUGCUUUAACUCCUCUGACUGCAAACCAGAAGACCUCCGCAAUGCAACUCUAGCCUUGAACAAGGUCUACCACCAGGGCUGCUAUGAGCUGGUCACUUCAUUCAUGGAGACCAACAUGGCCAUCAUUGCAGGAGUGACAUUUGGGAUUGCCUUCUCACAGCUAAUUGGCAUGUUGCUGGCCUGCUGUCUGUCCAGGAUCAUCACAGCCAAUCAGUAUGAGAUGGUUUAGCUGAUGUGACGUGGCAGGAGAAGAAGAGACAAAGAGCCUUGACACAUGACGAGAGUAAAUUCCCAAAACACUAUCACACGUCUGAAUUGGAAUUGACCUCCCUCCGUCUCUCUCUGCCUGUGAUCUUCAUGUAAUAUCUUAAUGUAUCUUACUGUAAAGCACCAUUCCUCGACUCACUGCUGUUGCAUCAAAGCGUUCUAUACCACACAUCCCACCGCUGCUUGAUGUAGAAGUUGCUCAUUAGCACAUAUCUCGGAUCAAUACAGCCUACAACAAGCAGGUAGACCAGAGUUGUUUGAGUUGACGGCGGUGUUGGUCUCAGAUAGGCGUUUGGGUGAAACUUGGCUUCUCUGUUGGCUGCAGCAUGCUCCACCGUCCAUCAUCAGAAGACCACUGCACAUCUUUGUACAGAAUGACGUUACUAAAGCUUGAAAGUUUUCAAAAAUGUAAUAAAUAGGUUUAGUUUUGCAUUUGACUUUGCUAUUGCUCACCAUUGUAUAUUCCUAUGGUUGUGACAUUUUUUUAACUGAUCUUGUGUACUAAGGUGGAUAGUUUAAGUUUAUAUGAAAAAUAAGGAAACUGACAAAGGAGAGAAAAGGAAGUAUUGUAUUAGUACAUUUUUACCUGUAAACGAGGCACACUAUUUCUUUGACUGGAUAUUUUAUCCCAAAAGCAGAUUAUGUUGUGUACAUUAUGUGUUAAAAUUGUUAAACACCCCCAGUAACUUAAAAUAACGCUCAACUUUGCCCUAAUUUACAGCUCAUACAUAUACUUAGGAUACUUAAUGUGACUUAAUCUCUUUUUGGAGAUUUUUUAUUCCUCAAGAAAAAAAAACAUAAUGUCAGUUGAGACACAAAUCUGUUAAAAUAUAGACUGAAGGCCGGGUCACACCAGAAAGUAAUGUUACAGUAUCUCUGACGCUAAAGACAUGAUAAGUUCAAAUCUUUUAUUAUAAAGACGGAGUUGUACCAUCGGCUCCUGUCUCAUAACCGUUUGCGAGCCCAUUUCGUGGAGAAGUUUAUACUCCGACAGAGAAGGGUAAAUAAAGAUGGAUCAUUCAACACACAGCUAAAAUGCUACAAUAGCUUCAUCUGUGUUGGGACUCACUUGUUCCCCUAAAGGUCAGUUCUGGUAAUACAGCUGUCAAGAUGACUUGUUAUUGGUCAACAGCGCAAAUUAGCUUGUCAAAGCUCAACAAAAUGAAACUCAAUGCAGAUUUACUUUGUCUAAUUUAGAUUUCAUUUAAUAUAAUUCGCCAUUAUUCCACCACAAAAUCCAGGUUCAAAUGCUGGUGUGACCCUGCCAUUUCAGGCUUUAAUCAAGCCUAACACUCAAUACAAACUUUAACUGAAUUUUGCAUGCUUCAAACUACGUAGUUCCUAUGAGGUGUCGUCUAAAGGCAGAAGUGUUUAUAGCUGUUUGGAACGGCCACACUUGAAGGCAAGAUGAAAAACUUAGAAAGGGAUAAGAUGCAGUGAAUCAUACUAAGAGGGACAACAGCUCACACUCUCAAAGGCAUUCAUAAUGUUACACCCAUUGUCAGAUGAAAUUUGACAGAUUCUUCUAUGUGACUAAGUAUGCUGCUUGAUGAUCAAACAAGCAUGUCAUUUGAAGCAUACUGACACCUUAGUAAUGUUUCAGUUAUGGUUUCAGUACUUGUCUUUUUGGUUUAUGUAAAAGUAACUGACUAAAUUAAAAAACAAAAUUUAAGAUUACGUUUUAAAAAGCAACCGCUGAGAAUCUUGUUUUUGUCGAUCUCCAAUGGUUAAAGUUCUCACCUUGUUGCAGUGAUGUACAGGUGUACCUGACAUCACUGUUGGGCGUGGUUACAGGUACAACAAAAACAAGGAUUCUGGGUGUUAAUAACAAGCUUUUCAACCAGAAGGGGUCAGUGAAACACAGAUUUGAGCCUGUUAGGGUGAUAUCAAAUCAUAUCAAUUGUUUUCUCCUGGAAUAUAAUGCCAGCUGGGUGUUGACAGUGACAGAAGUCGACGUGAGAGAUACGCAGGACUCCAACAGUGUUCAUCUAGUAUUUACAGUAUUCUAUGUAGUGCAUCAACAUGCCAUCAUCACCCUCAUCAUCACUUGUAGAUAUUUAUGGGAAAUGUAAUUUAUAUAAUGUAAUGGUUCUCAUUCUAAUAAGCUAAUUGGUAAAAAAUGUUGUGUCACAGUUUUGAUUCUGCACCUUGUGCUGUUAAUCUGUAUUUGUUAUAGUUUAUAGGACUCGCACUGGAAAAAUAAUUGUGGCCAACGUUUUGUUGAGCAUAACAUGCACAUGUAGAUGUUUCAAUUUAGCUGUAUAUUUAUUAUGGUUUGGUUGACAUUAAGUUUACAGUUUUACCAAGUGAUUUUCUCUCUCUCUUUCAGUGAGUGUGUGGGGUUUUGUGUUUUUAUUUGACUGUGUCCCUAACCUUUGUGUGUGUGUGUGUGUGUGUGUGUGUGUGUGUGUGUGUGUGUGUGUGUGUGUGUGUGUGUGUGUGUGUGUGUGUGUGUGUGUGUGUGUGUGUGUGUGUGUGUGUGUGUGUGUGUGUGUGUGAGAGAGAGAGAGCGUCUAGAUUUUGUGGAUCAUGUUGUAUUCAAUUUUGGUCUGUGUUUGGUUGUGGCUUUUCAAACCUUUUUGCUUUUAAAGCUAAACAUUUAUUUAGUGAAUGUAUGUUUUCCAACACUCUGAAACAUAUUUUUUCCUUCCCCAAACUGAUGUUGUCCUGUAAAUACUAAAUUGUAAUACCAUCCUGCUUACACAUGGGGUCACCAGACACUCAAAAAGAAUUGCGCCAUGCUGUCUACUAUUGACUUAGUCACCAUCAGUGGUCUUAUUAUCAAUAAAUAUACAGAAUAACAA